AUUGGGUCCUGUCGUCAGUCGAUCCGUCAUUUUGAUGUGAGAGGUGUGUUUUUGGGAAAAAACUCGAUCAGAGGUGAAAUAAACGUCCAAAUUUGUGUUAUUCGCACUCGAAUUGUUACGGUUCGCCGUUCUAGAUGUUGUGAAGACCGCAAAUUUCAGUUGAUGAAAAAAUCACCCACUAAACAAGCUGACAUUCCAGAAAAAUGAUUGUUUUGACGGUGAAGACCCUUGAUUCCCAGAACCACACUUUUACGGUUGAUGAUGAUAUCACCGUGGAGCAGUUCAAAACGAAAAUUGCAGAUACUGUCAAUAUCCCGGCCGAGACUCAACGCAUAAUUUACUGUGGGCGUGUGUUGCAAGAUGAGGCAAAACUGGGCGAUUAUGAUGUCAAUGGCAAAGUCGUGCAUUUGGUGCAGAGACCGCCCCCUAGUCAAAACCCCCCAACUACGCGAUCUGCUUCACCACAGCCUCCUCGGCGCGGUUUCCGGGGUUUUGACACUGAGAACACCAUGUAUUUGGGGUCCAUGGCGUUUCCCUCGAAUUUGAUGGAGUCGCAGGGGAUUGUGCCGCCGCCCCCGACGCAUUCCCUGGCCGGGAGCCGCCUCAAUGUCGCCCGAAGGAUGUUACGACGCGCUGAGGCCGUUAUAAGUCUUUUAGAGAACCCUUCGGCCCGCCCCAGCGAGCAAACCACGUCUGAAGAACAACAAGAAGAGGAAGUGACCCCCAUAAUUGAGGCUCGGGUCAUAGUCCCCCCUGGUAAUAGCGAUUCCAUCGACGAGGCUAUGGUUUUGUCAGCGGUCCAAAACACGCUAUUUGAUGCCGCUUCAGGCUCUAUACCAAUGGCGGCCGAAGUCACCAUAGAUGGAAGUGGUGGCUCACAGAAUGCUUCUGAAACGCCACCUGCUGAAAGAUCGGCGUCGUCGACGCCUGAAGAACCCACACCGUCGACGGCGGCUGAAGGGACGAGUGGCGAGCAAAGAAAUGGCGGAGUUAGUGCUAGAAGUUUGGCAGAGAACGCUUGGCGGACGGCCGAAAUGGCCGAACUUUUGACAACUCUAAAUCAGCUCCAAACACGAUUUGCACCGUUUUUGGAACGCUACCGCCAUUUCAUGGUCGAAGACCCCAUUAUCCCUCAGGAAAACGUGCGUCAAACCCAGGCGAUGCUGACUCGCGUCUCCGAAGUUCUCCACUUCCUAGGCCACGCCUACCACUCGCUCAGCGAUAUAAUAAUUCGUGUACGGACACCUCCGCCCCGCCCACUUCUUUGUCGUCCAAUCCUGAUCCAGCAUUCAGCCGUGGUUCAAGCCGGAAUACCGAUUCAAGUCGAGGUAGCGCAGUUCAACUUGGCGGAACGCCCCAAUGCUUCAACGACAAGCAGUACUGCCACUACAAACACUGAAACUUCGACGACGAAUGCCGGCGAUGGGGGCGCAAGGACUACGCCCUCGGCCCCACAACCAUCGGUUAAUUUCAGGGGAUUUCCGUUUAUUCCAGCCGCCUCGAUGCGAGUGCAGUCGUUUCCGAUUGAGGUUCGUACGACUGCUAGACCUGUCAAUGUUGUGCACAGUACACAGAGGACCCAAAAUAAUAAUAAUAAUACAGUGGGGGCGUCUGAAAAUAGGACUCCAUCUACUACGACAGCCCCCACAAGCUCAACCAGCUCAACAUUCAAUAUGCCCAACUUGAAUAAUUCCAGUGUUGAAUUUUUCAUGGAAGUAACACCGGAAGUUUUGCAAGGUACCUUAAAUGGUCCACCACCGGAAUUUCUUCAAUCAUUGGUCCAAAUGGCCGGUCAGAUAAUGAAUCGUAUUACCACAACAGCAACCACAUCUGAUACUAACACAACGACGACAACCUCGCCGUCAUCAUCGGCCGACUCCGCCCAGUCGAGUCAAGCUACGCCCUCUCAACAAACAGCGUCCGGUCAAAACUCCCAAGCGCGUGGUAACACCCAAACCAAUCCGACAACAGCCACACAUACACGGUCGACGCCCCGCCCCCACGUCCAUCUUGCUCAGCAGGCAAUGCAAGGCGGAUUUGAUCCAUUUCUACCAUGUAAUUCACAUCACGUGACACAUAGAAGGCGGGCGCAACAAGCAACAGCCACGCCUACCGUUAGACAGCAGCAGCAGCAGCAAGGGAGACAGCCCGAGAGUGAAGAGGGAGGAGAGCAGAGGGCGGCGUCACAGAAUUUGCAUAGUUUGUUUGAUGAGAUUUAUUCGACGUUGAGGACGGCGUAUAGGAGACGGCGGGAGGGGAAUAAUGCAACAGGAGGUGGAGCGAGAAGUGAGGGACAGUCGGAAGGAAGUGGAGAAGAAGCUGGAAGUUUGACAGGACAAGCAUCGGGAAGUGAAGGCGGGGCUACGGCAGAGGCGGGUCCGUCUUCCUUUGCCAACUUGUUGUCGCGUUUGGAAAGACAUUUCGUCAAUCUGCCCAACAUGUUGCAAGGCCCAACAAUCGCCGAUAUUUUGCAACAGUUACCUCUCGAUGAAUCACAGGAAAAUCCCGGCGAGAGUAUCAUCACCGAUCUUAUAAUGUUACUAUCACGAAAUUUGACCAUAGUUGACAUGAUUACAUUAAACACCGGUAAUUUUGAGCCUCUAAAUCGAGUCACCAACGAAAUACAACAGUUUUUCACUACAAGGGUUCUAGAUGGUACGAAUACCCCUCAAGCUGUAAAUGCCGGCGUUGAUAGGUUUAUAAAUGAAAUGCAGCCGUUUUUCCAAAAUUUUAGUCGAUUGAGGGUCAACGACGACAUAGAUAUUGUUAGAUCUGUGGAAACGCUUUUUAGAAGAAGACUGCCGGAUAUAAUCACGACUGCAACGAAUUUAAAUUCGUCAAAUAUGCGAACUUUUGUCGAUCAGUGUUUAAUGUUAGCGAAAAUGAUGUGUGCACUGACACUAACAGCAAGUGCCAAUGGCCAACAAGGGGUCGAAGAAACGUUCCAACAGAUUAUAACAUCGUAUAUGCAAGGCAUCCCGACUGAGCUCCAAAACUGGACGAUGAUCACCAGUUGUGCGAAUCUCCACCAUUUUAUGGCCAAUUUAGGGAUUGAUCGAAGCGAAGUUGAGCCAUAUAUUGUGAGAAAUACGGAUGUUUCAAUGGCCACACCUCCCGACCCGACUGUACAAACUGAAGUUAGGAAUACAACACAGGACGUCGAGAAUAUGGAAUUGGACGAAGCCGAGACUUCUGUAGACUUGCCCCCCUUGUCGCUAAGUGAUGAUAGCGAACCCGUACCAAAUAUAGUGCUAGGUUCGGAACCCUGGCACAGUCAGGUACCCGAAGAUUGGGUGCCGAUUAUUACCAGAGAUGUGCAAAGACAGCGACGACAGAACCCACAACCGCCGUUCAGUGAUGCGUAUUUAUCAGGAAUGCCAACCAAAAGGCGUAAAAUUGUCAAUAGUACGAAGCCGCAAGGGAGUCUUCCACAAGUUAUAGCAGAGAGUGUGAGACGGGCCGUAACAGCGACGGGUUUGUCCUCGGUGGCGCCGGUGGAGAUGGUGUCUCAGGGGGCAGGCGAGUCGGUGGAUGUUCAAGCCGCCUACAGGAGUUUGCUCAGGACGACAGUUCAGACAGCGCUCAGAGAUAAUGAAGACUUUACCCCCGAGAGGUUUCCAAACGCUUCGACUUAUUUUAAGACACAGUAAUGUUAUAUUGGAUAAAUAUAGUCUCACUUAACCAUUAUAUUAUCCUAUUAUUACUAUCAUCACUGUAUCACUGGUUGUUAUUUUUGUGGGUUUAUUAUUACAUUUCAAGAAAAGGUUUUUUUACUAGGUAAUCUACAUCCAGUUUAAUUUAUUAUUUUCUUAGGGAUAGAUGUAACAAUCUACACUUGUAUUUUUUUAAACAAUGUUUACGUGAUAGUGAUAUAUUGUGCUUAUGAUACUGUUUUUUUUGUUCUGAUGAAUUUGUAAUGUUAGAAAAUUGAAUAAAAGAGAAUCCACGAUAAA